AUGGCAUCAACCUCAAAUGGAAUACUCCAUAUGUGGAGUCAGGCUACUUGGAACAACACCGUGAUGAUGUGCCAAGAAUGGCCAUUCUUAUUAAGAACUACGAGUGUAUGGUCCAACCCCUAUUAUCCUCAAGGUUCAGAAUCAUCAAUAUGCAUAUUGCUACUUGCUAUAAUCUUGCUUACGAUUUCAACAACUUCGUUCUUGCUUAGACCUCUUGGCUUGCCAGUAUUGUCUAGGAUGUUUGGUGGAUUUUUUGUAAUUGGACUACUAUGUUCCAAGAAUAUUCUUGAAUUUCAGGCAUUACUCCAUCCGACGAUCAAGUACUUAAUAAAAACCUUAUCAUAUUUAGGUUUCGUAUUUUAUUCGUUCAUAUUAGGAGUGGAAACUAAUGUAGGAGCAUUAUUGAAAAGAAUAGACAAGGAAACUGUCAUCAUAAGUUUUUCUGGCUUAAUCGCGUCAUUGGCGUUAAGUUAUGUUGGAGUAAGAAUGCUUAACUUUGCUGAUGGAUUAGAAGGAAUAAUCAAGGUGAUUCUACUCAAUGCUCAAACCUUCUUCAUGGUUACAUGCAACCAUGUUAAUGAAGUUGGCAUAAGCAACUCGCAGCUCGGUCGCUUGGCUUGUGCAACCUCUUUGGUCCUUGAUAUCUUUGGAAUGUUCUUAACUUUCCUGAUUUACAGUCUUAUAAGUCCUGUGCUUGCUGGCGACUUUUGGCACCCAGUUAUGGUUUCUGGAACCUACAUUUUUAUGUUUGCAGUUUGUAGGCCGUUAAUCAUUCAUAUUGUUAGCUAUACACCCGAAGGCGAACGUGUAAAAGAUUGCCAUUUCAUGGUUAUCCUCUUGAUUGUUCUUUUAUUAGCCUUCCUUAGCUUACAAGUUCAUCACCCUCUCGCAGUUUUCUUGUUUGGAUUCUUCCUGCCAGAAGAACCACUAGCCUCAAUUUUGUCCGACAAAUUAGACACCAUUACUUCAUGUGUUUUUUUCCCUAUCUUUUGUGCUAUGCAUGGAUUUGAAGCAGACUUCAAUUCUCUCAGCUCAAACUCUUUUACAGUAGAGAUUAUUAUGACAUUGGGCGUAUGUGGUAAGUUCUUGGGGACUCUUGUUCCCACCAUGUUUUUCGGAGUUCAUGCCAGGACCGCGAUUUCCCUUUCAAUCAUCAUGGCUUCUGGAGGUUUGCUAGAUAUAGUUAUGCUCGGCCAAUUUCAAGAACAAGGGAUAUUGAGCGGAGAACACUACACAACAUUGGCGUUACAUAUUCUGUUUUGCACUGGAACUUUCUUACCCCUAGUGAAAUACAUAUAUGAACCAUCAACACAAUAUUCAACAAUUAUAAGACAAGGUGUAAUUACAUCAGCUGAAACGGGCACUUUACGAGUAUUAUCAUGCAUAUACAAGGAAGAAAAUCUACCUGGAAUUAUACGCCUUCUUCAAGCUUUCCACUCUACACAACAAAAGCCUUUACCCGUCAUUGCCCUCCAACUUAUUCCACUUACUGCUGGCCGCGUCUCCCUCCCCAUCCUAGCGCCCCUACACGAGAUACAAUCCUCAUCUGCGUAUCGCUCAAACCUCUCUCGUUGCAACCGCACAGUAAAUGCCUUGGUGAACCUUGAACGUAAAACUAAUGGCACUAUUCGCCCACAUCACUACAUUUCAGUGUCUUCAUACACGGCCAUGCACGAUGAUAUAUGCAGCAUUGCACAUAGCCAAAACGUGAGUCUACUCAUCCUACCUUUCCACACACAAUGGACUAACGAUAUGGGUUUCCAACAUGCAUCUCAACCCAUAAGAGAUGUCAAUAAGAUGGUUCUAGAAAAGGCGCCAUGUUCCAUAGGCUUGCUAAUUGAUCGAGGUGAUCAAAAUUUGGCACAUCUUAGCGAUGUGUAUCACAUUGCUAUUUUCUUCAUAGGUGGGGUAGAUGACCAAGAGGCUCUAGCAUAUACCACCAUAUUCACAAAUCAUCCAAACAUUAGGCUUAGCGUAAUUAGGUUAAAUUCGCUAAAGCCUCAACAUAACACCUUUAAUGACUAUAAUGCUAUCCAAGAUUUCCAAUGCCGGUGUAAAGAUAACAACAGAGUGUCAUUCGUAGAGGUAACGGUUAACGAUGGCGGAGAAACUACUGAUAUUGUUGUAAGCAUGAAAGAUGAGAUAGAUUUAGCGGUAGUAGGAAGAUACCACGAGCCUGGCUGUACUCCCUUAUUCGGGCUUUUGGACCGAUGGUGUGAGUAUCCAGAGUUAGGAAUUUUUGGAGAUAUGUUAGUUUCUCCGGAAUUUGAGUUCUCGGUUUUGGUUGUGCAAGAGCGACCUCAUAAGACAAAAAAGUGUGGUGAUCAUGAUGAUAUUGAAGACGACGAGGAUGAUCUAUGAUGGUUUACAAAUCUGAUGGCACCGGAAGCAACAAGGAUGACACACAAUGUUUUGCAAAGAGUGA